UUUCAAUCAGAAUACACAUUUCUUUUGUUGAAUUUGUAAUUAUUCUGUUAAAGACGGGUAACGUUGAAAUAUGGCAUCGAAUUUGGUUGAUUCAUGUGUUGGGAACAUUGAAGUAGAGGCUCCAAAGCCGAGCUCGCCAAAAGGUGAAUGGUCACUUUGGUAUUUCGAAAAGGAAUGUGGCAAAGCAUGGGAUCAAUGUUUCCACGAAGUCGCCGCAUGCAAAUCAAUCGGUGAAUUCUGGAUUCUAUUCAAUUCGAUAAAAUUGCCAACGGAAAUAAAUGAAGGCUGUAAUUAUGCACUAUUUCGAAGCAACAUACGACCAAUGUGGGAAGACGAACAUAAUCAAAACGGUGGUCGUUGGAUUAUCACUCUUGAAAAGCGUGUGGAUAGUGACGAAGUUAAUCGAUUAUGGCUUGAUACAUUGUUGCUUCUCGUCGAAGAACGACUCUCUGACUCAUCAACGGUCUGUGGCGUCAUCUUUCACAAUCGUUGGAAAUUCACCAAAAUUGCAAUUUGGGUGGCUGCUUCCACAGCAACCGAAUCCUUUCGCAGAGAAAUUCGAACAAAGCUACGAUUGGCCGAUUCGGUACCUUGUGUUUUCGAAAACCACUGGAGAUAAAUGCAGAUGGAUGCUUCUUGAGGCACUU